ACACAUACUAAAACAGUGAAAUAUUUAAUGGGACCAGCAUCAAGUGCAGUGCUUUGUCUUCUGUGCUGAUGAUUGACAGGAGUGGGAUUCAUGAGGGCUUUAGGUGGCUUAAGGAUGUUUUAGGGUGACAUAAAAAGACAAAUGGGAUUUUAGUGGACAGUUUGAAUGUAUUUACCUGAUGGACAUUAAAAUAUGACUUUGCACAUCCUUUAAAAUGACUUUAAUUGUAAUGUAGUAGGAAAGGGGUGAGUAUUUCAUCAUACUUGACCUUUUUCUGCAAAUAUUACUGUAUCGCUGUGUCACAAGUAGCUCUUGGGUGGAAAUUAUAAGGAGGAUUUUCCUAGAAAACUCUUUGAGGAAACAGGAUGUGUGUGUUUGUGGUUUCAACAAACUGAGGCACAAGUUGAAAUUAUUUUUGGUGGCAGUCGACAAUAUGACAAUAUGUUUAUUUUAUUUCAAGUAAUGAAUAUGUUUUUAAAACUAUAGUUAACAAUAAUAACCCUGACUAGACAGCAUUUACAGUGACUGGGGAUAUGGAUUGUAUAUAUUAUAUUUCUUCUUGAAACCAUAUGGAGAGGCAGUGAUAAUUCAUUACCAUCUGAAAUCAAUCAAGUUCAAUGGGCUUUUUAAAUUUGCAAGUCCGUUUAUGUUUCUACCUUUUCUGCCAAAGCCACUAAAUAUUCACUUGCAGAAAGUGAAGUGCUGUGAAGUGCUCAAAAUGUGGUACCAUAUUCUACUUUAGUGUAAGAACAGCACAGAUAUGAGCAUCUGGAGAGUAUAUUUCAGUCAGAUCCAUUUACUAAACAAGCAUUGUGGGAGGCCCUCACCUCUCCCUCUUCACCUUUUCUCUUUUUCCAAACCCAUUUUUCUCUCCUGGGCAACAUGCACACACACAUGCUCCACACUCACACACAUACACACACACGCACUGUCAAGGGAAUGCUACUUUCCUCAUAUCCUACAUCUACAAGCACUAAGAAAGUUUGAAGUUAACAGUGGAAGAAAAAGAAAAUGGAAAAGAGUCCAAAGAAAUGAUUAUGGCAAGAGAGAUGGGGAAAAUAGAAGGGAAUGGAACACUUUGGAAGAUUCGGAUCAUUUGAUCUGGAAAACAGAGCCCAACAAGAGCUUUGGGAAAGUUAAAAUCAAUGUGAGACGGCAUGACUAAUACAUUAUACACCCACAAGCAUCAUGUCAUCACCUUGUUGGGAUGACCUAAUAUGUUAAUAGAGGAAGAGGCCGAAGAAGCCCUGUGACCUCUACAAUGGCAGACGUCUUGCAGCUCAAUACCAACAGUCUACAAGUGCCAGGUGAAGAUAGAUCAGCCUCUACAUCUCCAUCUGGCUCUCCAUCUCCUUCCAGAAAUGAGUGCAGUAUCACUCCUCUUACUCCCUCCCCCUCUCCACGGACAGAGGUUAGACCGCGUGUGGCUCGUCCAUUUUCUGUGGUUGUUGCUAUAGAUUUUGGUACCACCUCCAGUGGCUAUGCAUUCAGUUUCACGGAAGAUCCUGAGACCAUUCACAUGAUGAGACGUUGGGAGGGUGGUGACCCUGGUGUAGCCAAUCAGAAGAGUCCAACCUGUCUGCUGCUGACCCCUGACCUCCGGUUCCACAGUUUUGGCUUUGCAGCUCGAGACAGCUAUCAUGACCUUGACCCUGAGGAAGCCAGGCACUGGCUCUACUUUGACAAAUUUAAAAUGAAAAUCCAUAGCACUAGUGAUCUCACUAUGGAGACAGAGCUGGAGUCUGUUAGUGGAAGAAGAGUUCCGGCUAUUGAGGUGUUUGCUCACGCCUUGAGGUUCUUCAGAGAACAUGUUCUAAAGGAGGUGAAGGACCAGUCUUCCUCUGUGCUGGAAGGUAAUGAAGUACGGUGGGUCAUCACUGUUCCUGCAGUGUGGCGGCAGCCAGCCAAGCAGUUCAUGCGAGAAGCUGCAUAUUUGGCAGGUUUGGUGACUCCAGAUUCUCCUGAUCAGCUCCUCAUUGCUCUCGAACCAGAGGCUGCAUCUCUCUACUGCAGGAAGCUUCAUCUACACCAGGUCAUUGACCUCAGUCAACGACCAAUAAUCAAUGGUUUAGAUGUGGAGGGGUCCCACCCUUUUGAUUCCAGUUUUAGGCAAGCCCGCGAGCAGCUCCGCAGAGCCAGGCAUAGCCGAACCUUUCUGGUGGAGAGUGGUACUGGAGAAUUGUGGUCUGAGAUGCAGACAGGUGACCGGUACAUUGUGGCAGACUGUGGUGGUGGGACAGUGGAUCUGACGGUGCAUCAGAUUGAGCAGCCACAGGGCACUCUGAAGGAGCUUUACAAAGCCUCAGGGGGUCCUUAUGGAGCAGUAGGUGUGGAUCUUGCCUUUGAGGCCAUGUUGUGUCAGAUUUUUGGGGCUGACUUCAUUGAGAGUUUCAAAGCUAAACGUCCAGCAGCUUGGGUAGACCUUACCAUUGCAUUUGAAGCCCGAAAGCGCACAGCAGCUCCUGGCCGGGCCAACUCAUUAAACAUCUCCCUGCCCUUUUCCUUUAUCGACUUCUACAAGCGACACCGGGGGCAGAGUGUGGAGACUGCCCUGCGCAAGAGCAAUAUGAAUUUUAUAAAGUGGUCAUCUCAAGGGAUGCUGAGGCUGUCUGCGGAAGCCAUGAAUCAGCUUUUCCAGCCGACCAUCAACAACAUCAUAAAGCAUGUUGAGAACCUGAUGCAGAAGGAGGAAGUAAAGGAUGUGCGUUUUCUCUUCUUGGUUGGAGGAUUUGCAGAGUCACCCAUGCUUCAGCGUGCGGCACAGAAUGCACUAGGGCGGAACUGCCGUAUCAUAAUUCCACAUGACGUAGGUCUAACCAUCCUGAAGGGUGCAGUCCUGUUUGGUCUAGACCCCACUGUUGUCCGUGUACGCCGUUGCCCAUUAACUUACGGUGUUGGGGUUUUGAACCGCUUUGUGGAAGGCCGACACCCUCGUGAUAAGCUUCUCAUCAAAGAUGGUCGAGAAUGGUGCACUGACAUCCUGGACCGCUUUGUAAGUGUUGAUCAAUCGGUCGCCUUGGGAGAGGUGGUGAGGCGGAGCUACACUCCAGCAAGAAUGGGACAAAGGAAGAUCAUCAUCAACAUCUACUGCAGCGACACUGAUGACAUAACCUACAUUACCGACCCCGGGGUGAGGAAGUGUGGUGCCAUCACACUAGAUCUGCUUGAGUCAGGGGCAGUGGCAGCUAGCGCUGGUGAUAACGACAAAGGAUCAGCAAUUGAACGCAGGGAGAUUCGCACGACAAUGCAGUUUGGAGACACUGAGAUCAAAGUCACAGCUGUGGAUGUGGCAACCGGCCAACUGGUGCGGGCAUCAAUUGACUUCCUGUCCAACUGAUGCUAUUGUGCUGUUUCUGGAGAGAACUGGAAUGCGAAUGUGAUGCACAUUUAACGACAGUUAAUCUCAUCAAUUAAUGGCUUAAAUAAUAGCUUUGAAGAUCUGGAUAUCCAAGGUUUGCUGAUAUAAAAGCUGGAAGGCUGAACGAUAAACUGGAGCGUUACUGGGAUUCCCAUUUUAUUCUCUCUGAAUAGCUCUGAGGACUGUCUCCUGUACUAAGUGUACUGUAAGCUUUGAAAAAGAAAGAUUUUAAAUUAUAAGAAAUGAGGAAAAAAUUAACUACAUCUUUGGACGGGAAUUUCAUUUACAUUAUCAAAUAAUCGUACAUUUUUGCCAUAAGGUUUGUAAAUGCGUAUCCUAUUAGUUUAUUAACAGAGGAACUAGUUUCAGUUCAGUUACUCCUUGUGGCGAUCCACACAUUUGCAGUGAGUAGGCAUUAUAUUCCUUCUAAGUUUGCAGACACUUAGUAUUUAAAUUGAUUUAUCAAUUAAAGCCACUUUAUUUUUUUAAACAUUAUAACUAUACAUAAAUCGUUUAAAAAAAAAUUCAAAGACAAAAUCUUGACACAUCUUUAGUUUUAAAUUAUGGUUGGAGGAAGGUUAAUAGAGAAAUACAUUUCAUAUUUUCUGAUUUCCUACAUAGGUACAAAACAGGUAGUUACAUUAUGAAAUGCAAUUUGUAAACUUUUUUUUUUUUUUUGCCUGGUUGUAAUUGUAGUUUUACUUAUUUGCUCCUCAAAGAAUCUGAUUGAGGCAUUUAAGUUUGUUCUUUUUUUAUAUGUAGGCACAAUUAAAAUAACUAAAGCUUAUGAACACUACCUCUCAAGACUUUAAAUUAUACCAGGUCUAAAAUCGCAGUUAUUCUAACAUUAAUCUUUUGAACGAUUAGUCUUUCAUCUGUCUUGUAUAAGCAAUAUUGUUGUCUUUUUAUCUAUCCAGGAGCUAAGAGAACAGUUGUUAUUUUUAUAAGAAACCUGGUUCAAGGAUGUUGGUAAUAUUACUAUUAAAUAUGCUGGACAUCAGUCUGACAGGGGAAUCAAGCUAGGGGUUAAAUCACAUCACACUGUUGGCAUAUAGUCCUUAAAGUCAGAUUUUAGUUUAAUACAUACUAUGAAACUGUUUGUUUACUAAAUCACAAUGCAUUAAAAUAAAGGAUAUUUUUCUUUA